AGCUCCGACCCGGCCUGACCAGUCGCUACCGGUCCCUGCGGAUGGCGAUGUUGUAACAUUGCGGAUGCGGGGAGAACACCAUUAGACGAGAUGCCGAACAGUCCUCAUCGGCGUCUUUAGACCGGGCGAGCUCAAAGCUCCUCUCUCGCUGCUCUGCGUGUGCGGUCCGCGGGGCGCCGAAUGACCGCCGCCCGGACACGCUGACGUUCCCCCUGCGGCCGCAUGCAGACAUGCAGGUGAAAAAUCAGAUGUGCGGCGAGCGCAUCGGCGGCGGCGACGACGAUCCGGAACAGGACGACGUCAGCCAGAAGAAGACCUCGUGUUUUUCCAACAUCAAGAUCUUCCUGCUGUCGGAAUGCGCGCUCAUGCUGGCCCAAGGAACCGUGGGCGCCUAUCUGGUAAGCGUCCUGACCACGCUGGAGAGACGCUUCAACCUGCAGAGCGCCGACGUGGGCGUUAUCGCCAGCAGCUUUGAGAUCGGCAACCUGGCCCUCAUCCUCUUCGUCAGCUACUUCGGCGCCAAAGCCCACCGGCCGCGGCUGAUCGGCUGUGGCGGCAUCGUCAUGGCGCUGGGGGCGCUUCUGUCCGCUCUGCCCGAGUUUCUCACCCAACAGUACGAGUACGACGCCGGUGACUCCUGGCACGCCGAGGAGGGCCGGGACGUGUGCUCCAAUAGCUCCCGCUCGGAGAACGACGACUCGGCGUACAAGUGCGGCGACCGGGCCAACACCAACAUGAUGUACCUGCUGCUAAUCGGCGCCCAGGUGCUGCUGGGCAUCGGCGCUACCCCCGUCCAGCCUCUGGGAGUGUCCUACAUUGACGACCACGUCCACAGGAAGGACUCCUCUCUGUAUAUAGGUAUUUUAUUUUCCACCCUAGUGUUUGGGCCCGCUUGCGGCUUCAUCUUGGGUUCCGUCUGUACCAAAGUUUACGUACAUGCCGACUUCAUCGACACCAGUAAACUGGACAUCACCCCAGAAGACCCUCGCUGGAUCGGGGCCUGGUGGGGGGGCUUCCUCCUGUGCGGUGCCUUACUAUUCCUGUCGGCCCUUUUCAUGUUCGGUUUCCCUCAGUCCCUUGACGAGCAAGGCCUGGACGGCGGGGGGGAAAGCGAGCAGGCCAUGCUGCCGUCCCCCCUAAGUCUGGACUACCAGGCUAAAGCCAAAGGGGGCAUCCACGGCUUCGACCUGAACAGCGGACUAUCCGUAUGCCAGCAUCUCAGAGUGAUCCCGCGGGUAACCCGGCACCUUCUAUCCAACCCGGUGUUCAGCUGUAUAACGUUAGCGGCUUGCAUGGAGAUCGCCGUAGUGGCCGGUUUCGCCGCCUUCCUGGGAAAAUAUCUGGAGCAGCAGUUCAACCUCACCACAUCCUCAGCUAAUCAGUUGCUAGGGAUGACGGCCAUCCCAUGCGCCUGCCUUGGUAUCUUCUUGGGUGGGCUGCUGGUGAAGAAGCUGAACCUCUCAGCCUUGGGCGCCGUGCGUAUGGCUAUGGGCGUCAACCUGGUGUCCACGGCCUGUUACGUCUCUUUUCUCUUCCUGGGGUGCGACACUGGCCCCGUCGCUGGGGUAACGGUCGCCUACGGCAAUGAGACGCUGCGGCACUGGCAGCGACCCGAGUCUCCUUGCAUCAGCAGCUGCAAUUGCUACACGGCUUCCGUUAGCCCGGUGUGCGGCUCCAACGCCAUCACUUACCUUUCUGCCUGCUUUGCCGGCUGCACCAAGCCGAACCUGACAGGUUGCACGUGCAUAUCGAGCAGCGCGGAGGAGGCGGUGGCCCUCCCGGGCAAGUGUCCGAGUCCGGGCUGCCAACAGGCCUUCCUCACCUUCCUGUGCGUCAUCUGCUUGUGCAGCAUGAUCGGAGCCAUGGCCCAGACGCCCUCUGUCAUCAUCCUCAUCAGAACGGUGAGUCCAGACCUGAAGUCGUAUGCUUUGGGAGUCCUUUUCCUGCUCCUCAGGCUAAUCGGCUUCAUCCCACCGCCGCUGAUCUUCGGCAUGGGCAUCGACUCGACCUGCCUGUUCUGGAGUUCGGUAUGCGGCGAGAAGGGCGCCUGUAUGCUAUACGAUAACGUGGCUUAUCGCCACCUGUACGUUAGCAUCGCCAUCGCGCUCAAGUCGUCCGCCUUCCUGCUGUACGCCACCACGUGGCAGUGCUUGAGGCGCAACUACAGGAAGUACAUCAAGAGCAGCGAGGGCUUCCUGACGCCCACCGAGCUCUUCUCCUCAAACGUGACUCUGGACCGCCUGGGCAAGGAAGCGGCCCACUCGGACGCCGCCAGCCGGACCAAGUUCGUGUUCACCUUGGAAGACCAGGAGGGGUGCGACAACAUGGAGUCCGUCUUGUAGUCCCGACCUCGUUCACUCAUUGGCUGCUGUUAAUAGCGAUAGAUGUCCAAUCCACUUGAAGUGGGAGUUUGGCAGCGAACGUUUGCUGCCAAACUCCCACUUCAAGUGGAUUGGACAUCUGUCGUUGUCAAUAGCAGCUAACGAGUUGUCUCAUUUUCCUCUUGGCCGCACAUGAAGGUUGCACUAAAA